ACCACGCUUCGUCCCUCUUUCACUUCCUGUAAACAAAGAAGCAGCUGUCUGUCAGAUUCCUGUGUUAUCGCUCAUUUUCUACUACAACGUCAGCGUUUUUCGACGAUGGCCGGAGUAGUGCUGGAUAAGGACCAGUUUAACUGCUCGAUAUGUCUUGACGUGUUGCGGGACCCGGUGACCAUCCCCUGCGGACACAGCUACUGCUCAAUCUGUAUACAGAACUACUGGGACCAGGACGACUACUUGGGGGUCUUCGUCUGCCCUCAAUGUAGGCACAACUUCAACCCGAGGCCGGUGCUCGCUAGGAACACCAUGUUGGCCGACGUGGUGGAGAAAUUCAAAAAGACUGGGCUACAAGAUACCACCACCACCACAACCACCACGACGACACCUGGGAAUCAUAGUUUCGCUGAGGCGGGCGACGUGGAGUGUGACGUGUGCACAGGCAGGAAAAACAAAGCAGUGAAGUCUUGUCUGGUGUGUUUGGCCUCCUACUGUGACCUCCACCUGCAGCCCCACUACGACUCGGCUGCUUUCAAGAAACACAAGCUGGUUUCGGCCUCCAAAAAGCUCCAGGAGACGAUCUGUGGCCGCCACGACAAGCUGCUGGAGGUGUACUGCCGCACCGACAAGCAGUGCAUCUGUUACCUGUGUCUGACAGACGAACACAAGGGCCACGACACGGUGCUGGCUGAGACCGAGAUACAACAGAAGCAGAGGGAGCUUGGUGACAUGAAGCAGAGCUCUCAGCUGAAAAUCCUUCAAAGGGAAAGGGGAAUUCAGGAGAUCAGACAAGCUAUUUUCUCUCUCAAUCGCUGUGCUCGGGCAGCAGCUGAGGAGAGUGACGCUGUCUUCACUGAACUGAUCCGGGCCAUGGAGCUAAAGCGUUUUGAGGUGAGAGAGCUGAUCAAAGAGCAGGAAAAGACGGCCGCCAGUCAGGCGGAGCAGCUGCUGGAGAAGAUCCAGAAGGAGAACGCUGAGCUGAAGAAGAAUGAGGCUGAACUGGAGAAACUCUCCCAAACCGAGGACCACGUCCAUUUCCUUCAGAGUUGUCAGUCUCUCCACGCUCCACCUGUGCUGUCAGAUUUGCCUUCGGUCACCAUUGACCCCAACCUCACCUUCGGCCCUGUGAUGAUGGCCGUGUCUGAUUUUAAAGGGCUGCUGCAGGAAGUCUGCCAGGGAGGAUUUGUCUGCAUCUACGAGAAAGUGAGAGAUAUAGUGAUUGUAAGUCCUCAAAAUCCUGCUGUACCGCUAGACACACAGCCCAGUGAUGUAGAGGCAGCUGUACAAAUGGAAGCAGCACUAGUGAUGCCGGCACCGGGCCUCGACCAAAGUCCUGUGAACCCUCUGAAUCCUUUCCUCUAUCCAGGAUCUGCUGCGCCCACAUUUGCCUUCUCACCAUUUGGCUCAAAACUCUCCACAGGAUCCAGACCAAGACACCUUCAGCGACGAAGCCACCCCAGGAGGAAGUAGAACUUUAAGUGGACUUAAGCAUUCAAAAUCCAGAUCUAGACUGACGAAAUCCAGAUCCAGGCUGACAAAAUCCAGAUCCAGGCUGACAAAAUCCAGAUGCAGGCUGACAGCUGUCAUUAUACCUUAAUGAUCUGCUAUCACAAAUAUGUACUGUAUUGUACAUUUAAUAUUUAAUUUCACUUUUGACAGUCAUUUAGUUUUUUGUAUUUUCACCUAUCAGCUCUACUUGCAUAUUUCAGUAUAGUGCUGAUGGGAAUAUGAUGAGGACAGUGUUUAGAGCCACAGGGGAACAAAUAGACAAUGCUUGAAGUAUUAAGCAACACAAAGAAGGACUCCCUGACUUUUAUUUCAUUGUUUGAAUGGAAAUUGCCCUGAAAUGAUUAGUUUACCAAUUUUACCGAAAUGUAAUAAUUUAACAAUAUUCUGCUUUUAUAAUAGUUUUUCAUUUUUUAACUACAAUUGUAAACACUAUAUUUUUGCUGUACAGAAACGUGUAAUAAUAUGUUGUGUUUUGUGACUUGUCAUUAAAAAAGCAGCACUCCUGUA